AUGGUAGAAAUUGAAAUAACACCAAUAUCAACAUUAAUAGGUGUUGUAUAUGUUCCCCCAUGUACAAUACCUCCGUUUCACCUGUUUACAAAAUGUAGAAAUAAAUCUUUUUGUAUUUUUGGCGAUUUUAACGCGAAACAUGUAGAUUGGAAAUGCGAAGUGAACAAUGUUAGUGGUAGCCGUAUUGUAUCAUGGUUAGAGGAAACAGGAAAUGAAAUGAUUUUACCAGAUAAACCUACUUCACGCAGAUCAGAUGCCAUAAUUGAUUUUGGCCUCACGCAUGAUGCCACGGGUUGGCAUACUGAAGUAUUAGAAGAAGGUACCUCUGACCAUUUCCCUGUGCUAAUUCAAUCACCACUGAAUAUUUCUGAUUCAGCAGUAUUUAGGAAAACAAAUUGGAAUAUCUUCAAGUUUUUCCUUAGUUGCGUAUAUGAAUAUUGGUUAGCACGGGUUUACAACUACGACGAACAAUUCUUCUUCACGCAUUUCUCACUAUUUUUACAAAAUCUGUGGGAUAGAUGUAGUUGUUGUAAACCAAUUAAACAAUAUAGGCCUUCAUGGCCAUCCUAUCUGGUGAUGCUAGCUAAAGAAAUGAAUAGAAGCAGACGCCGGUACAGACGUAAUAAAACUAUUUUUAAUUUAAACAACUUUAUUGAAUUAAAAAAGAUAUUUAAUGCUGAACGCUCAGAACUGAUGAAACAUAAAUACGAAAAAAGAUUGGAAUUGAUAAAGAAAGAUCAAAAUAUAUGGAAAAUUGCAACACCGAUUUUCCAUUUAUAUUCACCACCUUUCCGUGGUCUUAAUGUUAAUAAUACAAUAAUUAAAGAGACUGCGAGUAUAGUUGAAAUUCUUGCGAAUCAUUAUGAGAAACACUUUGCUGAACAUCAGCAUGAUGAGAAUAAUAUAGUACAUCAAAAGUGUAUAUCAAUCUAUGAGCAAUUAGGAUAUAUGCCUAAUAUUCCACUUGAUAAGAUUUCUAUAAAUGAAGUCAGUAUCCAAUUAAAAAAAUAUCUUCAAAGAAAUCUACAGAUAGCGUUGGCACAUUUGCCUUUUUAUUAA